AUGGCUGCUUCUAGAGAUCCAUGGAUGAGGGAAUAUAAUGAAGCAGUAAAACUUGCUGAUGAUAUCACCAACAUGAUAUCUGAAGAGAGUUCAUUUCCUGCAACAGGGCGAGAAACACAGCGACAUUCAUCUGCAAUACGGAGGAAAAUUACCAUACUUAGCACCAGACUCGAUAGCCUAGAGUCUCUUCUGUCAAAGCUUCCUGCAAAGCAGCCUUUGACACAGAAAGAAAUGAAUCGUCGCAAGGACAUGGUUGCAAAUUUAAGAUCAAAAGUAAGCCAGAUGGCUUCCACAUUGAAUAUGUCGAACUUCACAAACAGGGACAGCUUGCUCGGGCCAGAAAGUAAGCCGGUUGAUGCUAUGAGUAAAACAGCAGGCCUUGAGAACUCUGGGUUUGUUGGUCUUCAGCAUCAAAUCAUGAAAGAACAAGAUGAGGAUCUUGAGAAAUUGGAGGAGACAGUGAUCAGCACCAAACAUAUAGCAUUAGCAGUCAAUGAGGAGCUUGAUCUGCAUACAAGACUAAUUGAUAGUUUGGACCAACACGUUGAUGUUACAGAAUCCGGACUACAGCGAGCGCAGAGAAAGCUUGCAUUUCUAAAUAAACGCACAAAGGGUGGCUGCUCCUGCUUGUGCCCACUUGUUUCAGUUAUUGGGAUCGUUGUUUUGGUUGCUGUCGCACGUAUGCUGAUCAAAUGUUUAUAA